AUGGCGCAGAAGGCAAAGAAGGAAGUGGUUGUUCCCCCCCACCCCAAGACGGAAGCCAAGGCCAAGGCCUUGAAGGCCUUGAAGGCCAAGAAGGCAGUAUUGAAGGGUGUGCACAGUCACAAAAAGAAGAAGAUCCGAACAUCCCCCACCUUCCGGCGACCCAAGACUUUAAGACUUCGAAGGCAGCCCAAGUACCCUUGGAAAAGUGCCCUGAGGAGAAACAAGCUUGACCACUAUGCCAUCAUUAAGUUUCCCUUAACCACUGAGUCUGCUAUGAAGAAGAUAGAGAACAAUACCCUUGUCUUCAUUGUGGAUGUCAAGGACAACAAGCAUCAGAUUAAACAAGCUGUAAAGAAGCUUUAUGACAUCGAUGUGGCCAAGGUCAACACACUGAUCAGGCCUGAUGGAGAGAAGAAGGCCUAUGUCUGA